GAAGAGAGGCAGGGAGCGAGUGAGUGAGCAAGAAACAGUGAGAGAGUGAGAGAAAAAGAGAGAGAACUGCAGCCAGGAGAACUAGAUCAGAUUGCAAAGAUUGAUAGAGGGGCUGUUCAGCUAAUAAGCAGAGUUCAUUUUCUCUCUUUAAUUCUCCAGUUUUAUGGGAAAUGUGAUGAGGGACUUAAAUGUCUAAAGAUUGUGACUGAAUAGAAGUGCUGAAGGAGUUCAUAAGAUGGGGAUACAAAGCCUUUUUUCACAUUUGGAAGUUCUCAGAUACCUUUUUUAUGCCCAGCAGCAGAGGACAAACUGAGGACGGAGUGAUUCAGUCAGAAAAAGAAAAGUCACCAGUUUUUCAUAGUUUUUAUCUUUGUGGGGACCGACUGACACCUGGUGCAUUUAUUGUAUGUGCGAUGUAUGUCGGGGAAACUCCCUGACUGAAACCAACAGAGGAAGGAGAGAAAGCAGAAAUAGAGAUCGACAAUGAAGAAAUUCAAAGGGUUUCUGUGCCUGUGGCUCAAAAGGAUGGAGUGGUUCUACCCUUAGGAAUCACAGAGAGAGAGAAACCAGUUCUGGUGGCUUAAACUCAGAGGGAAGAAUGAUGCUUCAGUUUGGCUAGCUGGUAUAUGAGCUAGGAGGAUACUGUAUUUCAGCUCUAAAGUGGGGGAAGAAAAGACCAGGCGGAUAAUAUAAGGCAGUGGUCUGCCAAGAGUACAACACCCAAAAGCGCACCUCCACCUUCACCUUCUGAGAUGGGGCUCUGGCAGUGAUACCCCUGGGAAGGGCCUUUGAGUGAUCACACAUUGGGACUCAAGGAUUUCCCACUUACUCCGACACUGCAGCCCGGCCUACGUGGCCAGCAUGAGCGUUGGGCGGAUCAACCGUUACAGCAUCGUGUCGUCCGAGGAGGAGGCACUGCGCCUCACCAAUAUGCACAACAGCAGCGGUGGCGGCAUGAACGGCUUCGGCAACGGCAAGAUCCACACACGCCGUAAGGUCCGCAACCGCUUUGUCAAGAAGAAUGGCCAGUGCAACGUGCAGUUCGCCAACAUGGAGGACAAGUCAUCUCGCUACAUGGCCGACCUUUUCACCACGUGCGUGGACAUCCGUUGGCGCUACAUGCUGGUGCUGUUCACACUGGUGUUCGUGCUGUCCUGGCUGGCCUUUGGCCUGGCCUUCUGGGUUAUAGCAUUGCUCCACGGCGACCUGGACAACCCGGCCGGAGACGACAACUUCACACCUUGCGUCCUGCAGGUCAACGGCUUCGUGGCCGCCUUCCUGUUCUCCAUCGAGACCCAGUCAACCAUCGGCUACGGCUACCGCUGUGUGACAGAGGAGUGUCCGGUCGCCGUGUUCAUGGUGGUCUUCCAGUCCAUCAUUAGCUGCAUCAUCGACUGCUUCAUGAUCGGCGCCAUCAUGGCCAAGAUGGCAAGGCCCAAGAAACGUGCGCGGACACUACUGUUCAGCCACAACGCAGUGAUCUCUUUGCGCGACAGCAAGCUGUGCCUCAUGUGGAGGGUGGGAAACUUAAGGAAGAGUCACAUCGUAGAGGCCCAUGUCAGAGCUCAGCUCAUCAAACCCCGGAUCACUGACGAAGGGGAGUAUAUCCCCCUGGACCAAGUAGACAUCAAUGUGGGCUUUGACAAAGGCCUGGACAGGAUUUUCUUGGUUUCUCCCAUUACGAUUAUCCAUGAGAUCAAUGAGGAUAGUCCACUCUAUGGGAUCAGGAAAAAUGACCUGGAUACGGCGGAUUUUGAGAUCGUGGUCAUACUGGAAGGGAUGGUCGAGGCAACUGCCAUGACCACGCAGGCCCGCAGCUCCUACCUGGCCACGGAGGUACUGUGGGGUUACCGGUUCGAGCCAGUGCUCUUCGAGGAGAAGAACCUGUACAAGGUGGAUUACUCUCACUUUCACAAGAUCUAUGAGGUACCGUCCACCCCGUGCUGCAGUGCCAAGGACAUGGUGGAGAACAAGUUCCUGGUGCCCACCUCCAACUCCUUCUGUUACGAGAACGAGCUGGCCUUUCUCAGCCGGGAUGAGGAUGAGGAAGAGGAGGUGGUGGGCAUGGGCAUGGGCAGUGGUUCGUUCAGAGCGUUGGCCAACCUGAACAGUCCGGACCGGAACAAUCGACACGAGUUUGAGCGGCUACAGACCACCAGGGGACUGGACCAAAGGUCAUACCGCAGGGAGUCGGAGAUAUGACCUCUGCACUACCUGGGGUCAACUUCGAUACGUUGUCUUUGCCAUAGGAAAAGCUGUCUACUGUAAUAGGAUGUAAAGUAAAUGAGAGGACAGUGAAAGGGAAAGCAGGACACUGGAAAAAGUGGAUGCUAGCAAACGUAUGCAGCAUGCAAAACUGUGGUAAAGAAUGUCCACAGGACCACAACAAAAGGAAAAGGCCAGCGAAGGACAUUAUUCCUUCAUGGAAACUUGAAUCUUCAUUUUUCAUUUGAGUUGAGAGUGUUUAAUGAUGCAUCGAACAGGUCUAAUGACAAGACCUAAUAAUCAGGACCUAGGUGUAAAUAUUAUUGCUUAGAUAAGUUACGUUUCAUGUGGAGUAUUAUUUUAAAAAACAUCUUAAAAAAUAUUUUUUUUUAGCUAUUUCAAGUUGCUAUUGGGCACAAAUGGCAGCGUUACAGUUUAAAGCUACAUAUAAGCUUCCCACAUUGCUGGAAUUCACAAUCGCUGGAACUCAGUUCGAUGACACAUUGAAAAUUCCUGUAAAAGUGCUCUGCAACAUUCAGAAGCAAUGAGCCAUGCUAAAUGAUCUAACCAUACACGAGCCACUGAUGCACAACAUAGUUUCACAACGUGGACUUAAUUUUAACCCGUUGUGAUGAAUAGAUAUCAUUUGCACUAUAAGCAGAACUUAAGAGUAGGCCCUAUACUAAUGCAAUAAAUUAAUUUUAGAAUGGGCAAUCAUUUUAUUGUUCAUUUUGAUACCCCUUGCUUAAAACAUUAAAAUAACACAGGAUUAUUCUGACCUCAAUGAAGUUUGAAACUACUAAGUUGUUGAUAUGGAAAAUAUCAUUACAUUUCAUCAUUAUUUUGAUUAUUCUCUUUACAACGAAUCUAUGCACAUCAUUAAUGUUAUCAGGAGACAGAAACUCAAUGGAGAUGAUGCAAUCCAAUCAUCAUUGCAUAAUUCUACAAAGAGAACGGGUUUGAUGAAAGUAUGUCUGAACUCAAUGAGAAUUGAAGGGCUUCAUGUAAAAAGCAUUUACCCUCUAUUACACUGCAUGACCAAAAGUAUGUGGACACCUGCUCGUUGAGCAUCUCAUUCCAAAAUCAUGGGCAUUAAUAUGGAGUUGGUUCCCCCUUU